CGACAAGAGGCUAUGUUCUCUGCUGGGACCCACCAGGCUUGGGAAUGUCUCCUGCUUCUUUUCUGCGUCGCACAUUCAGAGCGACCAGGCUGUGUUUUCCCCUUCAUCUACAAGGGAAUGUCUUACUUCUCGUGCCUCAGGGCGGGGAAUGUGGGCCGUUGGUGUUCUACCUCCUUCAACUACGACGAGGACAAGAAAUGGAAAAUCUGUGAUGAAAAUGAUGGUCUCCACUGCGUCUUCCCUUUCCUCUACGGCGGGAAGAACUACUCUUAUUGCAUCCAAGAUGGACAUGGAGAUCAGGGAUGGUGUUCCCUCACGGACAACUACGAUCUGGAUAAGCGCUGGGUUCCCUGUUCCAGGAAAGAACAAGACGACUGUGUUUUCCCUUUCACUUAUAAAGACAGAAGUGUCUUUACCUGUCUUAACAUCGGGAAUGCCGGGCAGAAAUGGUGUGCACUCACGGAGAACUAUGAUGAAGACAAAAAAUGGAAAUUCUGUGAACACGAGUAUGAUGAGUGUAUCCUCCCCUUCAUCUACAAAGGGACUAAGUACUACACCUGCCCCCGAGGAAGGAAUUCAGGGAAGAAAUGGUGUGCAGUCACACCCAACUUUGACGUGGACAAGAAAUGGAAAUAUUCAGAGGGUCACGACUGUCCCAACUGUGCCUUUCCGUUCACUUACAAAGGAGUUCUCUACUUCUCCUGCAUUCCAGUAAAGGAGAACAGCACCAAGCAGUGGUGUGGGCUCACACGCAACUACGACAAGGACAAAAAAUGGAAAUUUUGUGUUCCGGAGGACCAACCCAAAUGUAUCUUCCCCUUCAUAUACAAAGGGGAGUCCUACUUCCACUGCACCUCAAAUGGACACCAAAUGAAAGAACUCUGGUGUGCUACCACUAGUAACUAUGACAAAGAUCGCCAGUGGAAGAGCUGCACUACUGACGUCUAUGGUGGAAACUCUGAAAAGUCGGGAUGUGUGUUCCCAUUUUUCUACCGGGGUCAGAGGAUGGAAAGCUGCAUUGGAGAGACUAGUUCCCAGUACUGGUGCUCCACUACCAGGAAUUAUGACCAGGAUAAACUCUGGCAGUUCUGCCCGGACACGAUGAUCACUGGAAGAUCGAAUGAAGCCAAUUGCAGCUUUCCCUUUCUCUACAAGGACGAAGUGUAUUAUUCCUGCACCAUCCGGGAUUCACUAACCCACAGCGCCUGGUGUGCCCUCACCCAUAAUUUCGAUAACGAUGGGAAGUGGAGGCACUGUUACUCUUGA